AUGUCCAAUACAUCGCUGCCAACCGUUGGUUACUAUCCCAUCCGGGGUAGGGCUCAACCCAUACGACUGUUGCUGAACCAUGCCAUUAUGCGACACUUGGCCCGAAAGCACGGACUCGUGGCCACCGACGAGACUGGACUCGUACGCCAGGAUGUGUUGGAGCAACAGUUGGCAGACAUAUUGUAUGGGUUAGCAAAUGGCCUAUUGUUUGACAAAGACUAUGAAACACUUAAAAUCAAAUACUUGGCCGAAACACUGCCCCAACAGUUGGAUGAGUUGUCCCGGUUUUUGGGUACCCGUCAGUGGUUUACCCGUAAUCACAUUAAUUAUGUAGACUUUAUGGGCUAUGAACUACUUGAUUGGCUCCGGGAGUUUAGCGCCAGUACUUUCAAUAAGUACCAGAACUUUGUUCAAUAUAUGAACCGUUUUGAGAGUUUGCCUGCAAUUAAGGCAUACAUGAAGUCACCGGAGUUAAUACGCACACCCUUUGGGCCAUACAUUCAGUUUGAUUACAGAAAUUAA